CUGCUAUCUGCAAGGCUAAGGUCACAUUUUGGAAUUUGUCUGACCUGCGGAUUACACACAGUUUUCAUGAGAGAGCUUUCUCAGCCGGCGCUGCUGCUGCAAGAGAAGAAUGCAGUCCAUCAGAGGUGAGAACCCGCUGAAUUAUUUAAGUGUUUAACUCUUUUAAAUUAACGCUUUUUAAAAAAAACUCUCCCCUAGACCUGAAGUCCAACUUCAGUGGCCCUCCUCCCACUCCCAUCUCUGGAUCCCCUGAUGCUUAUCUUCAGGGUAACAUCAGGAUGACUCUGGAGGACCCCAACCUCUGGAGAACGUUCCACGAAAUUGGAACGGAGAUGAUUAUCACAAAGCCAGGCAGGAGGAUGUUCCCGCACUGUAAAGUCAGCCUGUCAGGCCUCAUUCCAUGUGCCAAGUACAUCUUGCUGGUUGACAUGGUUCCCGAGGAUGGCUUCCGCUACAAAUGGAGCAAAGAUAAAUGGGAGGUGGCAGGAAAAGCGGAGCCUCAACCUCCCUGCAGGACCUACGUCCACCCAGACUCCCCAGCUCCUGGGAGCCACUGGAUGAAGCAGAGCGUCUCCUUUCUCAAGCUCAAGCUCACUAAUAACACACUCGACCAGCACGGGCACAUCAUUUUGCACUCGAUGCAUCGAUACCACCCGCGCUUCCACGUGGUCCAGGCAGACGACCUCUUCAGCGUCCGCUGGAGUGUCUUCCAGACGUUCACCUUUCCAGAGACGUCCUUCACUGCGGUUACCGCCUACCAGAACACCAAGAUCACCAAACUGAAGAUUGAUCAUAACCCCUUUGCGAAGGGCUUCAGAGAUGAAGGCACCAAUAAAAAGAGACGUGCAACCAAACACCCAACCUGCUUUGAGAAAAGAGCGAAGAUUUCAAACAAUGAUUCCAAACAGGACAGCUCACCAGAUUUCUGUCCGUCGUCCUACGACAGUUAUGAGGGAGAAGAGCAGUCCAAACGGAAGGAGGAGGACGUCAAGGAGGAGCGCUACUCGCCAUGGGGGUCUGAGAGGGAGCAGAGUGUGAGGACGGACUCUCCUGUUGGUGUGGACGCCAGAGACAUGUACAACGCAGAGCAGCUCGUUCCUGCUCCAGCUUCCUACCAGGCCUGCAGGGUGCAGGAGUAUGGAAAGUCUCCAUCUCCCUCCUCCAGCUCCGGCAGCAGGUCAGGGAGAAACAGCUUUGGACCCAGAGCUCCUGACGUCGCCACCGUCCCUGACCACCAGUCCUCAAAGUCUCGUGCUCAUGAAGCCGGGCCUUCUCACUGCGCCCCCCAGCACCACCUCCCAGGCGCCCAGGAUUACACUGGGGUCCUCAACAUGACCAUGGCCCAGGCCGGCAAGCCAGGGGUGAUCGGACACCACAUUUACAGCCCCUACGGUGCAGAGCAGCCGCUGGGCCAGUGGGGCGGCCCCGGACCAGCCCAGUACCCCCCUCCUCCCCAUCUGACUGCUGACUACAGCUCACAAGCUGUUCAUCACGGCUAUCACCAUGGCAACGUGGCGGAGUGGAGUCAAUACCCACUGUUCUCUUAUUCCUGCUGGUGAAGAAAACAGUGUUGAGGACUGAGACUCUUUGGAGGCCGCCGUGGUUUCUGCUGACGCGGCGCUCAUGUCCGGGAAUGCAUGACCAAACACGGCUGAGGGCCAGAGGACCUCCUCGACGCUGACUCAAGCUAAAGCUGUUUUAUUAUUGUCUAUUUAUUUUUUAUUCUGUCUUACCUUUCAGCACAAAUUUUUAUUUUUGUAAAGCUAAAAGUGCAAUGUAUGUCUGUGUGUGAACUGUGAUGUGAAAAUAAUAAAAAC